AUCAGAGUUACUUCCCAUUGAAAGAUGUCAGCCCCCGUUGGAAGUUUAUUGCUGUUGAAAACGCAAUUUAUCCCACGAAAUAAUCGGAAAUAACUAAUUGUACCGGUUGAAUUUACACAAAUCUGUGUAAUUUAACAAUAACUGUGCACAGUCUUUCUAACUGCCAGGCGAAUUUAUGGAUAUUCAAUGAAUUGCUAUAUAUUCAGACGAGGAAUCCAACAAAUCAUAACAAAAACAAAACAGUUUAAAAAUAUACAUCGUACAUUCGCCUAUCGAAGAGAAGGGAAAUUGGUGACCAUGAAGUUAGAUACACCACUAUUCCAGAAUCUUUUCACGCCAGAAAUGAAACAAUUAGUUGAAAUAUUUAAUCGGCACGGACAUGAGUUACGAAUAGCAGGUGGCGCUGUACGUGAUUUAAUCAUGGAUAAACUUCCUGUAGAUAUUGAUUUCGCUACCACGGCGACACCCGAUCAGAUGAAAGAACUGUUUGAAAAUGAGAAGAUUCGAUUAAUUAACAAUAAGGGUGAAAAACAUGGCACCAUUACAGCCAGGAUUAAUGAUAAGGAGAAUUUUGAAGUAACAACUUUACGUAUUGAUGUUGUAACAGACGGACGACAUGCUGAGGUUCAAUUUACACGUGAUUGGCAGCUGGAUGCCAACAGACGAGAUCUGACCAUCAACGCCAUGUUUUUAGGAUUUGAUGGAACUUUGUAUGAUUAUUUUCAUGGAAGAGAAGAUUUAGAUCAACGUAAAGUCAAAUUUGUCGGAAAUCCUGAAGCAAGAAUACAAGAAGAUUAUUUACGUAUAUUGAGAUAUUUCAGAUUUUAUGGAAGAAUUGCCUCUAAUCCAAACAGUCACGAUGCUGAAACAUUGGAAGCUAUUAGAAAUAACUCCCAGGGUCUAGCAGGUAUAUCAGGAGAAAGAAUCUGGAUGGAAUUACGUAAAAUAAUUACUGGUAAUUACGCUGAUUAUAUAAUGGAGACCAUGAUGUCACUAGGACUGACUCCUUAUAUGGGUCUACCAGAUAAAUGUAAUAUAAAAGAAUUUCAAAGAAUUUGUCAGUUAACAGAAGGGUUGUCUCCCCUACCUAUGACUAGAUUAUCUGCUUUAUUAGAAGAUGAAAAUCAGGUUUAUGAAGUUGAUCAACGGCUGAAACUAUCGAAGGAAGAAAUACGAUUAGCGUUAUUUAUCAUCGAUAAACGUAGCCAAGAUUUUGAGGAAAGUGUCCCGUUAAAAUAUUUCAGUGAUUUGAUAGUCGACGCGAAAGAACCGAAAAUGAAAGAAAGAAUUUUAGAACUGAUUAAAUACAAAGGAGAUACAGCGUUACUACGAACUAUAUCGGAGUGGUCUCCCCCUAAGUUUCCAAUCACGGGUCACGAUCUGACCCAGAAAAAUGUGCCUAAGGGGCCGAUAUUCGCCAAGACAUUAAACGAGUUGAGAAACAUAUGGAAGGAAAGAGGUUAUCAAAUAACAAAAGAGGAAUUAUUAUUAGAACUGGAUCGUAUUGUUACACAACUUGGUUUAUGAUAAAAAAAAUGGACGUUAUUA